AUGUUUCUCGGCUGGAUAGAUUAUGGAGUUUUAAUUUUACUAUUGAUUUUCUCUGGUGGUAUUGGUAUUUAUCACGGUUGUGCACAAUCAAAACAAGUAUCAGCAAAAGAUUUUCUUGUUGCUGAUGGUCGAAUGAGAGUGUUACCGACAGCGAUGAGUUUGCUAGCAAGUAUAACAUCUGCCGCAUCUCUUCUUGGAAUGCCUGUUGAAAUCUAUUAUUAUGGAACAAUGUUUGUCUAUUGUAUCAUCUCAUGGUUUUUGGCAACAUAUAUAACAAUGAAAUUUUUCAUUCCGAAAUUUCAUUUGAUCGGAAAUAUUAGUAUUUAUGCUUAUCUUGAACAACGAUUUUCAUUAACAAUUCGUAUAUUGGUUACAUGUAGUUUUAUUUUAGUUACUAUUCUUUAUAUGUCUGUUAUUUUAUAUGGACCAAGUUUAGCCUUGAGUCAAGUGACUGGAUUAAAUAUUUGGAUUGCAGUUGGGUUAUGUGGAGUGAUUUGUACGGUUUAUACGAGUAUUGGAGGAAUAAAAGCCGUCAUUUGGACUGACGUUAUUCAAGCGUUAAUCAUGUUUCUUGGUCUUAUUUCAACUAUUAUAUUUGGUUUAAUUGAUGCUGGCGGAAUAUCAAAAGUAUUUGAAAUAAUGAAACAUGGUAAUCGAUUACAAUUAUCAGUUAUUACAUUUGAUCCAUCUAUUCGUUAUACAAUAUGGAGUAUAUUAAUUGGUACGACAUUUUCUACUACAGCUCAAUAUGCUUGUAUUCAAACUCAAGCACAAAGAUAUAUGUGUGUUAGAGACACAAAAACAGCACAAAAAGUAGCUUGGACGAAUUAUAUAAUGAAUGUUAUAAUGCAAAUGCUUUGUUUAUGUGUUGGAUGUUUACUUUACGCUAAAUAUAGUCAAUGUGAUCCUCUUAGAGCAAAAAUUAUUGCUCGAUCAGAUCAAAUGUAUCCGUUGUUUGUCAUUGAAACAUUAGGAAAAUUUCCUGGUUUAACAGGCCUUUUCAUUGCUUGUAUUUUAAGUGCAACAUUAAGUACAUUUUCAAGUGGAGUGAAUAGUAUAGCAACAGUUAUUUUUGAAGAUAUUUAUAAAAGAUUAUCAAUUAAAAUUGAAAUAUCGAAUGAACAACAAGUUAUUCUUUCGAAAAUAUUAUCGGUGUUAGUUGGUUGCUUAACAGUAUUUAUGGCAUUUAUUGUUUCUUAUAUGAAGAGUAAUAUUAUUACAAUUAUUGUUCAAAUAUUUGGUGCAUUCGUUGGUCCUGUUCUUGGUCUAUAUUUACUUGGAUUGUUUUCAUCACGAGUUAAAAGUCCAAGUGCAUUAGUAUCUUUCUUUCUUUCAUUGACAUUUCAAGUAUUUGUACUUCUUGGAUCAAUCUUCACUGAUAAACCACUUAAUAAACAAGGAGGACGACUACCUACUUCUAUUCUUGGAUGUGUACCAUCUAGUAAUAUAACUAUUUCAACCUCAAUUACAGCAACAAAUCAUAGUUAUCAUAUAUUGAUGCCUCUGUUUUCCAUAUCACCUCUUUGGUUUAUUUUUAACGGAACAAUCCUUACUAUUGUGUUUGGAAUAGUUUUGACUUUUAUUCUAGAUUCUAAUGAUUCAAAAAUUAUCAAUCCAUCUUUACUAGUGUCUCGGAAUGAAAUAUUUUCAUGUUUUUCAUCGAGAAAAAAUCAAGCGAACAGAUGA